AGUUGCGCCCCGACAAGUUGCAGCCAUGUAAGUAACGCAGCGGGCGGGGAAGGCGGGAGGGGCGGCUCCACGGACGCAGCCUACCCCCCCACCCCCGCCCCCGAGAAGCUCCGAGGCGGCCAAAGGGAGGCGCCACCCCGCGCUCCCGGGGGCGCCCGGAAAAACCUCCUCUCCCCUGGAGAAAAAGCACUCCUGUGUCUGCAGACGAGCUCCUUUCUCGCUGCCGGAGGCGGAAGACCCGCGCCAGGACUCGGGGGGCGCGGUGGCGGGCGAGGGGAGAGCGCAGCCCGCCCCAGACGCUCCCUGCACGCUGCCGUUCCGGCCCGGCGGGGACCCCGAGGUAGGGGGCGCGGGGUCCGGAGGCCGCCCCUCGUUUCCCCCUCCCCGUAGCCCGACGGCUGGCCGGGCCAUGUCCGGAGGUCUCGGCCCGGCGACGCCGGUCCCGGGGCCCCGGAAGCCCGCCCCGCGGAGCCUCAGCUGCCUCUCAGACCUGGACGGCGCCACGGCCCGGGAGCCACGGCCCUGCAGGCCCCCCGGGAGCCCGGGCCGCGCGCCGCCGCCACCUCCGGAGCCGUCCGGCUGCGACCCCCCGCUUCGGCCCAUCAUCCUGCGGCGGGCGCGCUCGCUGCCCAGCUCGCCCGAGCGCCGCCAGAAGGCCGGGGGCGCGCCGGGAGCCGCCUGCCGGCCGGGCUGCAGCCGGCAGCUCCGCGUGCGCUUCGCCGACGCGCUGGGCCUGGAGCUGGCGCAGGUCAAGGUGUUCAACGCGGGCGAAGACCCGUCGGUGCCGCUGCACGUGCUGUCGCGCCUCGCCAUCAACUCGGACCUGUGCUGCAGCAGCCAGGACCUGGAGUUCACCCUGCAGUGCCUGGUGCCCGACUUCCCGCCGCCCGUCGAGGCCGCGGACUUCGGCGAGCGCCUGGGGCGGCAGCUCGUCUGCCUGGAGCGCGUCACCUGCUCGGACCUGGGCAUCAGCGGCACGGUGCGCGUGCGCAACGUGGCCUUCGAGAAGCAGGUGGCGGUGCGCUACACCUUCUCAGACUGGCGCAGCGCGCACGAGGCGGUGGCCAGGUGGCGCGGGCCCGCGGGCGCAGCGGGCACAGAGGAUGUGUUCGCCUUCGGCUUCCCGGUGCCUCCCUUCCUUCUGGAGCUCGGCUCGCGCGUGCACUUCGCGCUCCGCUACCGAGUGGCCGGCGCCGAGUACUGGGACAACAACCACGGCCGAGACUACAGCCUCACGUGCCGCAACCACGCGCUGCACAUGCCUCGCGGGGAGUGCGAAGAGAGCUGGAUCCACUUCAUCUGAGCGAGUCCCGUCUAAGGCCGCCCCCCAGUGGUUCCCGCGCUGGGCAUCCGGGCCAGGCGGCGACGCUUCCUCACACGCCGCCCUCCGCCUGAGUCUUCUGACCUCCUUUCCCGCUGCAGGGUCCCUGGGAAGUGGCCCUUCCCAUCUUCUACUUGAACUGCCUGUGUCGCUAGGUCUCAAAAAGUAGCCUCAGGUGGCCAGAAGGCCGAGUAGUGUCACGCCCGGGGUGGGGGGAGGGUGCUGGGGUGGGGGGGAGAUGCAUGGCAGUGUUGGCCCCUCCGGAGACGGUCCACGUGGGGUCAGUUGGUUUGUUUUUUGGAAAGGCCUGUGGCUUGUGCAUGUGUCCUGAUUGGGUCUCUGUAAACGUAGCCGUUAUUUAUUAUCAUUGUGAUGUUGGAACAUUUUUACCCUUACUGGAUGCCUUCUCAGGAACAUUCUGGGUUUAACAAGCUAAAGAAUAAGUCAGUCUGGUGUGUUUCUGCCCAUUGUAAACAGAACGCAUGGUGUGACACCCACCGUGGUUCCUUGAGGCAUUUCUGCCCUGGGACAAGGAAAACCUGAGACUAGGUUUGCUUGCCAAAGCCUGUAGACCUCUAACAGUGGGAAACUAUUAAUAGGCAAGAAAUUUAUGCCUCAUCAGUCAUCAUACAACCAUUCCUGGGAGUUCAGGCUGCCCUGGUUAGGCCGUGGAAGAGGAAAGGAAGAGCCAAGGAAGAGGGAAAAGCUUAACUUUUAAACUAGCCGAACAGCCCCUUCUCUUGGAGUCUCUCUUCUCUCUCUGUGAGUUUCCCUUCUUCGUGUUUGACAGUUCUGUAUCUGCAUGUGAUCAGGCCAUUCUGUUUAGGUUUGAGACUACCUAAACAUUUUAAGAAAUUCUGCCUUAAGUUAUUUCAAUUUCCAGGCAGCUCUAUAGAGUAAUUUCAGGCAACAAUGCCCUUUGCAAUUACCUUUUUGAUGAUUAAGGUGACUCUUUUUUAUGUCUGCUUAAGUGUCAGAAAAUUCCCAGCAGUCAUCUUUCAGAAGUCAGGUUACCAAGUGGAACUAGAAGGUGUUUUCAUCAAUAGCCAGAGCCCUAGAGGAAAAAAGUCACAAACGUUUAUACUUUUUAAUCGUUUUAAGUUGUAUUUAUAUAUGCCCAGUUUUAUCAGCUAUCUGCCAACUUUAUUCGGAUAGAGUUUCUAACAUCCUUGUGCCUUCAGAUAGAGUUUCUAACAUCCGUCUGGGCUUCCCCCCCCCCCCCCCCCCCCCCCCAGUUUUUAAACUGUUAAAUGCUUUGUCUUCUUUGUUUUGUUUUGUUUUUUAAAUCUCCAAGAAGUCAAGGCCAUUGUCCCCUGCUGAAUGCCACAGUGACUUCAAACACCCAGCAAGGCGCUGAUCAUUUCUUUUGGUGCUGAGUGGUGGUUUCUGACAGCAGAUGCCAGCACUGAGGGUGUGAAAACCCAGCUAAUAUGAACAGGGUCUCCAGCUUGUGACGUUUGGUUCUGAUACAGCUGAAACCGGUGGGGUGAAUCUGUGAUAGCUGUCACCAGUAAGUUCACUCUAAAUUUUUGAAUACUUACUGACAUUUAUCAAAUCAAUAUGUAAAAGAUGUGUUUUGCCUUUUAACCAACUUGUUUUUAUAACUGCAACUUCUGGGUUUCUGAAAUUCCAAGAAGAGGGAUGGCGUUCUUUGGUACCUUUUGAUAAUAACAACACUGAAUUUUGAUUUAAGGUAUUGCAAUUAAAUUGAACAACCUUUGGCUAUUAGCACUGUGCGCUACAUUGAUAUGCAAGAGAGACAGAAGCCUGGUUCCAUUUCCUGCUGUUUAAUAAACUGUCCAAUUAGGUCAGCAAGCCUGUGAGAGCCUUGGCUGCUGUGUCGUUGGCCCCAGCCCAGAAUGCAAGACAAUUGUCCAGAGUAUUCAGGUGUAAGAGUUAGAGCUGCCAAAUGUAUUGUUGUGUAAAGGCAUGUAAGAAUCUUAUCCAUGUGACAGUCACUUGCCAAAAAGGUUCUGGUCACAGAAUAUAAAGUAAAUGUUUUGUCUUCGAUAUUAAGAGAACCUCAACGUGCCUUUAAAAAAAUCAACAUUUAAAAAUUUAAAAAUUUAAAUAUACCUGCCUAGUUGAUUCAGGAGUUGAUAAAAGUUCAGCUGAAGGAGAACUUUCAGACCCUAACACAGUUAUAGUGCUUACAUGUUAAAAUUUUGCAGUGGAUUGUGCAAUUGUGGGGUUGUCUCCCCAAACAUAUUUUAAUGUCACUUAAGAUGAUUUCACUCAAGCCUAAAUAUUAAAGUAUGUGCAUACAUUGUUA